GACCAGCCAGAGACCAGCGGUUCGGGGUUUUACACUUGAAGAGGGACGUGAACGCGUCGAAGAAAGUACUUCUUGAUCCCUUUUCAUUUUUUUAACUCCUGUCUUUUUUUCUUCCUUCCUUUUUUUUUUUACUCCGCCCGAAAUGAUGGUGGGAGGGUACUUGACGUGAAAAGUUUGAGUCCAGAAGGCGAGUUGGGACGCGUCUUCGGACAGGAAAGCUGAAGGAGACGAACCGUAGCGACAUCUUUUUUUAAUUUUAAUUUUCUCCAUCCCUUUCCAAAGGGGAUCCGUUGGAUUCUGUAGCUCGGUUUUGUGUGUCAGUCUUUUUAAAAAAAAAAGGUCGAGUAGAGUGGGUUUGUUGACUCGUCGCCCCUACCUCCCGCUCAGCUGACCUGCCGUCCAAAUGUGCGUAAACGGGCUCUAUCUUCUCGCUGUCCUGUCUGGACUCGCAGCUUCAGGUGUGCUGCGGGUCGGCGGGAUGCGCAUCUACACACCUGGGGAUGUGGAGGCGGUCAACGGAACAGAUGUUCGUCUGAAGUGCACGUUUGAGAGUUCGGCUCCCAUCAACGCCCGUCUUGUUAUCGUCUCCUGGACCUUCAGACCCCUUUCAGGAGGCAAAGAGCUCAGCGUUUUUCACUACCAGGAAAAACCAUAUCUGCCUCCUGAGGGCAUCUUCAAGAAGCACAUCUCUUGGGCUGGAGAUAUCAUGGGAAGCGACGCCUCCAUCAUAAUUCGAGAGGCCAGGUUCAUCUAUAACGGCACCUACACCUGCCAGGUGACAAAUCCACCGGAUGUCCAUGGCCAAGUUGGGGAGAUUAAACUCCGUGUUGUCAAAACAGCCUCUUUCAACGACCUCCUCUACCUAGUCCUGGCCAUUGGGGGCGGCAUCGCCGCUGUGGUCUUUUGCCUCAUAAUCAUCGUGUCCUGCAGGAGAUGCAAGAGGGAAUACAGACAGAGGCAGCUGGAAGACGACGAAGAGGCUCCCCGCAAAGAGAGGAAAGACCCCACUGCGUGCCACCCAUCAAGGGCCGUCCACCUCUACGUAUCACAGUCAUCCAUAGAGAUUGACAGUUCAGAUGGCAUGAUCUCAGACGCCAGCACUGGAGACCCAAGCUCUUCAGAGGACGAUGGGCCUAGCUCAGAUGAUGACGAUGAUGGUGACGAUGACGAUGAUUGAGGAGGACCGAUUCAGAGACAGAAACCGUGACGAGAGACCAGCAGGAAGCUCACUGGAGGGACGCUCUAAGGCCGUCCUUGGAUUGCACUCUUCUGCCAAGCAGAGCAUUGCAAAAUAAAAAAAGGGGGCUGCUGGAGUGAAAGUGAAAAGAUGAUGAAAAUGUGAGGAAAAAAAAGGAUAACAUGAACCUUUUAAAAAAAAAAAAAAAAAAACAAUAACAAAAUUUCUGUAGGGGCCUUUGUUUAAAUUCAAUGCUUGAAACUGGUUUCAAAGUAAAGCAGGCUCCAUACAGUCUCACAUGAGGAAACGAAAUGGCGGAUCAAACUUGGAGCAAAAUACUAAAGUAUAUGUGCCAAAUGGGACAAUAGAGGUAAAGCUGGCCCUGCUUUUGCAAAAUCUGCAAAAGCAAGUACGUGCUUGCUGUCAUACUGAGCCAUAUAAAGUGUUGUAUCUUUCCACUGGGGUCCAAGGUGGAUUUGGACUGUUUUCUGAGCGGAAAUAUCUCCAGUUAUUUGUACAGAUGCACAAACAAAUCGGCUGUUGAGCAAUUUCCUGUUUGAGCGACCCUGUCUGGUGACUGUACCCACGUGCUAACAGGCUGCGGUUACAACAAAGCUCUUUGAUGACGAUGCUGCUACUUAAUGGAGGAUCAAAGUUGGCUAUUUUCAGUAACAGCGAGUCGUUUUAGCAUGAAGUCCGAGGACACGUGCAUGCUCGUUCGAUUGAGGUCGCAAGAGAGGGAGAGAGAGCAACAGUUACAGUAGGUAACAGGAAGGCAGAAUGUACUACACCAAAGGCGAUCUGUUUUAUCCUUUGGAGCCUUCAACCUCUGCCUGUCAUGGGACAUGUCUGAUCUGGAAAUGUGUUCAGCCUUUUGGAAAUCUCCGAGGUAAGGCCAGGACCUACAUUCUCCAGGGAGUGCACGCGGUGGCUGCUGUUUCAGUCAUGCUAGCAGUGCUAACUGUGCUUGUCGCUGAUGAAAGAUCAUAAACCCAGUUCAAAAUCAUUUUGUACUUGUUUACAAAUAUUAGUAAAACCCCGUUUAGCAGCAGCUGCUCCUAAAACAAAUGACAGAUGACAGCUCACAGCAUGGAGGUAAAAAAAAAAGAAGUUGCUGUUAGCUUUUAGAGAUAAAGCUCUUAUUAGUUAAAAUUUGUAUCUACAUUUAGAGCUUUACACAAUUCAGGGAUUGGAAAUCGGUCCAAAAACCCAGAUCCGUCAGUCUCUAGUUAUUUUUCUCAACAUGUUUAAAGUCUUAUGGGUUAAAGUCACUAGAGUUAGCCUAAUAAUAGCAUCCAAGCCAUAUGGCAAGCCGAGCAUUUCACAUUAAGGCUCAGAUAAUACUGCUGGUCACAUCAGAUUGCUCUUAUUAAACAGGAAGAAUGUGAUUUCUUUCUUUCUCCCUCUCUUGAUCAGUGGGCAAGCAACCACAUGCACGCACCUGCCCUGAAACUCACGUGGCAGUUCGCAGUCAGAUCUGAAAACCCUGUUUUGAUUUCAAAACGUCCUUGAGAGCCUGUGCUCUCUUCUUUCACCUGUAAACGCAUUCCAACUAACAAAUAUGUUAAAAUGCCCAUAUUUCAUCUUUCUGGGACAGACUUUGUGUUUGUGUUCAAUGUAUUUAGCUUUCAUAAGCAUUGUUACGUGUCUAUUUGUGAUAGAGCUUUUGUAAAAACAAGUUUUCUAAUAAAACCUACCUUUGAAACUUUUCUAAA